AUGAUCCUCGCGGUCCUUUUCGCCGCGGGCCAUUCUAUCAUUGCGCGAUUCCAGGAACUGUCAAAGCCCCGGGCCGGCCCCGGCCGCGCCGACGACGCAACGAGCGCCAGGUGCCGCGGGGCCGCCCGGGCACAGCCGCGCCUCGUCGGGAGCCCCGGGCGGGGGCGGGGGGCGGGGCCCCCCCCAAAGCCUCUUAAGCUCCGCCGGGAGCUACGGGCUGCGGCGAGAGCUGUCGCGGUACGGACCGGCUCCGACGGCGGCGGGGAUGAGGCGGGAGGCCGCCGGACUCUCACCCCGCUCGUUUCGGGGCCGGCGCGGGGCUCCCGCCGGGCUGCCCCGGCUUCUGCGGAGCGGGACGGGACCGUGUGUAUUCUCUCCCUCUUUCCCUGCUUAGGUGUAAGUCCAGGAGCGCGAUCUCGUUCCCACGGCGGAGACGCGGCGGGGCAGCUCGCGGGACCGGCAGGCUGCUGCGGCUGGCUGCGUUGUCUUGAGGCGGAGUCGCUCUUCCCCCGGGAGAAGCGGCAGGAAAUGUGCGUGAGGACCAGAGGACAGUCAGCACAGCCUUCCAACAGGGCAAGAAGCACGGCCGCCCCUCCAUCCCCAGUGAGGUUCAGGGCCAGACCAAGGAUUGUGAGGCUGCCCCCCUGGAGCAAGGUCUGGGUGCAGCUGGUGUCCCAUGAGGAAGGUGAAGCCCUGAGGUUGGAAGGCUGUGGCUGCAGAGGGACCAGCCAAAAGCUUGGUGUCCCUUUCAAGAGAGAUGUCUUCUGCUGCCUGUCUUGCCAAGUGCCUUCUUCAGAAAGGAACCUGGAUGAGUUUGCUGAGGCCUAUCUCUGGUUUCUCGCCGGGUGACUCGAGCCGGUGCUUCUCGGCCGAACCCGGCACGUCCAACCUCGGUGAGUCGGUUCCUGCAGAGCUUUGUCCCAAGUGGAGACCCGAGCCUGAUGCGGCCGAUGGAAAUAGGUCCUGCUCUGUAACAAAAGAAAUGGAACCCUGCUGCGACUCUGCCCUUGCGUACGUUAUGUUGAAUCUCUGUACAUGGGUCUGCAAUGACUAAUGGGCUUUGCUUAGACUUAGUUAAUGCUGUGAUAAUUCAGGAGAGAGAGUGGAGUUAGUUGAGUUAGAUUUGAUACUGCAUCUCCCUGACUUAACCUAACAGCUCUUUGCAACUGCUUGAGUCAUUUAACUCAUUAGUUCAAGAAGGUGUCUGCAGGUAAUUAAGGUGUCCCUCCUCCUGCUACACAGCAUGUAUGUUGUUUUUCUUUCCAUAGGGAUGUCUAAAAUGCUCACUACUGAGCUGUGAGGCAAAGUUAAUAAAAGAACUAU